CUGUUGAAACUUGUUAUGGCGGAGGCGCGGAUAAACCUGCUCUUUAAUGCAUGUUUACUAGGCGCCGAACUUAACAGGCGGUCGUGAUGUGGCUGUACGGCGAGUAGAGCCUUUAUCUGAAACAUUUCGGCUGUUUCUUGUGUGAUUGUUUUAACGUAACGAGGCGUUAAGUUACGCUGUUGUUCAGCGAGUCGCUUUAUAAACACAGAGGCUCUCCGUCGCUAUGCUGCGUUGUGCGGUUGCCUGGAUACCUGUAACGUUAGGUCUCGACGCUAGUGGGCUUAGCAGGCUGGCUAGCUAGUCGGAAAACUGAUUGGCUGCGCGGCCUUUUAACCGUUAGCGUUAUUAAUUCACAGCGGCUGAUUUACCGGCAGCGUCCUAAACCGCGCAUUAGCUUCUCACUAUGUCCAUCAGCGCCUCACAACAGAACAGCAGAACUGUUCCGACUACAUUAAUUAGUAGAGUAAGUAGUGUAGGUGUAGUAUGAAUAGAGUGUGGUUUAGGACUCGGCCCGUUUCUUCAUCUCCAGCCCUGAACAGACUGUUUGGUUCAGUAGCUACGUGACCGGGUCUGCUUUACUAGUUAGCUAAAACCUCCUACAGGGAAUUUUCUCUACCACAUAUCUCCUGUUAAACUGUUUACUGACCGGUUAACUCUCAGCUGAUAAAUCUAUGAAAGUAUGGACGGCGGCACAGCUGUCAACUUUAUCGACCAGAGAACAAGAGCAGCUGCAGACAACGGCUACACGCCUUACAUGGAAAUGAAGUCAAGCACAGAUAAGGAAUACACUGAACCUCAAAGCAAAGGCACAUCACAAGUGAAGAAAAAUACAGACGAUAACUAUGGUCUGAGUUUGCAGUUGGGUGAAGAGUACGCAAGGAAAAAGCAAAAGCUGAAGGAAGAACUUCGUCUCGACUACAGGCGCUAUAUUGCUGAGAAGAAAGAAUUGGGUGCUGGAGAUUUCUACCCUCAAGCCCAAAUACGGCCUGUUCCCAUAAGUGACAGAAGAUCUGCAAAGGAGAAGGUACGAGUGGACCUGAUUGGGGAUGAUGGGCUGAUUCUUCGAGGACAAGAAGAAACACAAAAAAUAAAUAAAACUGCAAAAACUCCUCAGGCUCUAGGUAGAGACCAUAUUAUCUCCGCUACACCUAUCCGUACAUUGCUUUCUCCUGACUUGAGAGGGCUGGGAAGCAGCCCGAGUCCAGAUAGGCCUCUUUUCUCCAGGAGGGAUGUUGGCAAGGUAGCGGAGCCUGUGGCCCGCGCUGCUCCUAGGCCACCCCGGAAACGUGGGGAGGAGACACCAGAGCACUGGGACAGAAGACCCGGGAGACAGCAUAGUUCUGAGGACGAACUGUAUUCAGAAGAAGAACAGGAGCUUGAGCUUUUGCACAAGAGACGGUCCAGAAACAACCAGGAGCCUGGCAGAAGGGAGAGGAGGAUUCACCACACCGCUAACAGAGUUAACCAGGAGAGGAGAGAAGUGGAUGCACCUACAGCUAAUGAAGAGGACUAUCAAGAGGAAAACAGACGGACCCCACUGGCAACAUUUAAAACCAAUCUACCAGCACAGACCAGAGCUGCUAGCAAGAAGAACCUGACUGAUUUUGCCACAGGACUUAUGAUUGGUGCUGCUGAGGAGGAGGAGGCCGCUCAGAGGAGAAAGGCACGUUACAGACAGGAGCUGCUGGAGCAAAUGGCUGAACAGCGGAAGAAUAAAAGGAAGGAAAAGGAGCUUGAACUCAGGGUUGCUGCUACAGGAGCCGUAGACCCAGAGAAACAGCUGAACCAGAAGCAGUAUAUGACAGACUGCUUGACUGGUCUCCCCCAGCCUGACAGGAUCAAACAGUUUGGAGCUGUGAGGAGGGAGUAUGAAGCCAAGAGGCGGGACGUGCCUUACAGACCAGGGAUCGGGCUGGACACGCUAGGGGCCGACUUGGACAGGCGGAUCCUAGAAGAAAGGCCCCUGCAGGAAAGAAGAGAGCCAGAAGAAAGAAGCAUGCCCCCCAAUAGGCCCCGCGUGGCCUUCCAGUCUCCAAUCCUGGAGUACAGCACCGCCCUGGGCCACUUGGGUAAUGCAGCAGGCCCAGGUUUUGGAAAUGGGUCUGAAGAUGGAGCCAGGCUGGGUACUGGUGGUGCUUUGCCCUUCAGUGAAGAAUUUCAAAAAGGCCUCUCGGGGACACUGGGAGAAAUGGUUAGUCCAAGAGUUACAGGUGUUCCUCCUCCACUGGCACCUGCGCUCUCUGAGGCAUACUGCACUCCAUAUGAUGAUGCCUACUAUUACUAUGGAGCCAGGAAUCCUCUAGAUCCUAAUGUAAACUACUAUCGACCUCCUGUAGCUGCAGAACAGUCGUUGGCUAAUCUUCCCUCUGGAGCACACGCAUCUAUCCGGCCGCCUCCUGCUGUAUUGCUUGCGCAAUCAAGUUCACAGUAUGGCAUUACCCUGCCUGGAAUGGGACAUGGGACAUUUCCUGUUGACAGGCACCUGCAGCCCAAGGAACACAGUCUAAGCUACAAAGAAGCACUGAAACUGCAGAUUGUAGAAAGGCAGGAGAUGAGGCAGCGAGAGAGAGAGGAGAGAGAGCGCAGUGAUGCAAAGCUGAAGGCGGAGAUGAAAGCCUAUGAACCCUGGGGGAAAGCAGGAGGAGGAGCUCCGCUGAGGGAUGACCGAGGCAACCUCAUAAGUGAUCUGAAGCGAAUGCACAGGACAAAUGAGGAAGCAUACAUAAACCCAGAGCCCCGUGGCAGAAGAGUCAUGGAACCAAUGGUUCAUGUUGGAAUUUCGCCAACAGAUAAAGACAAGGACUACUCCACCCACAUAGUGUCAGGUUUUUCCAUUACCCAGCCCUCACCAUAUGCCAGAGGCAAUGUCUUCUCGGACCUCCCCACGCCUCAGCAGAUCCAUGAACAGGAGAAGUACAAGGAGAGUCUGAAACAGCAGAUUGAGGAGAAGCGGAGGAUGGAGGCUGAGAAGAAGGAGCAUUUGAGGCUGGAGGAGGAGAGGGAGGAGAAGAGGCUGGCCGAGCAGAGGGCACGAAUCCAGAGGGAGUAUGAGGACGAACAGGAAAAGAAGAAACGGAAAGAGAUUGAGCUAAAUGCAAAAAAUCAGGAGAUAAUCCGGCAAGCUGAGGAGCGGUGCAAAGAUACUGAGAAGAAGAGGAAAGAAGAAGAGGCAAAGGAGAGUGAGGCUGUUAGGCAGCAGUAUGUGCAGGAGAGACAAGCUCGGCUGGAACAGGACUGUCGUUCGGAGUCUCCGCCCAUCCCAACGGUGCAGAAGAGACUGGGUUACACGCAUCGACCCAGACCGCCUUCAAUGGACAGCCCACGUUCUGUUGCGGUUCUUUCUGCUUCCUCAAUAUCAGCUCCCCGCUCCCCUCCUGUGCCUGCCCGAAGGAACCAAAUCAGAGCAACAGAGGAGCAGCAGGGAGUGAUCAGCGAGUUGUCAGUACUGCGCAGACGCCUGAGAAGUGAGCAGAGGCGGCUUGAAGAGCAGUUACUGCAGUCAGACAGAGAAGACACUCAAAGUCCGAUGAAAAUCAGAGAAAACCCUGCAGUGGAUGUUUUUGACAUGGCCAGACUACGUAUGCAGGUUCCUGCAAGAAGACCCCCCUCACACACAAGACUGGUUAACAAGCAGAACCUAGAAGAUUUUAACCAACUCAAAUACAGAGACAGUGAGUCUCGGGAGCAAGUGAGGCGGGCGUAUCCAGAGCCACCGGGUGAUGAGUCCGGUCUUGAGCUGCAGCAGCAGGCUCUGCUCCGAGAGCAGCAGCGGCAACUCAAUAACAUGAGAAGAGCCAGGGUCAACGAUUACUUUGACCUGUCGCCUCUGAUGAAGCCUCCUAAUCAGCGGAAGCAGAGCUACAGCGACGAGACAGGGAGACACUCCCUGCUACAAUCCGAGAGUGCUUUUAUUGAUCCUAAUGGUUAUUCAUUCCCAGCGACACCUCAGCCUGACCGAAGGCCUGGCAAGGGCUCAGCAAGAGAAAGAAGACGGCAGGCAAGAAAGACCGACUUUGAUGAUGGUAUGGAAACCCCUGGCAGAGAGAGGAACAGCCAGUCUCUCAGCUCAGCCAACAGCUUCCGCCUGGACAAAGUCCGAGAGCACAACCAGCGCAGAAUGAGAAACCUGGACAACCUGAGUGCACACGGCUGGAGAUCAGGAGACAUAUCUGCUGAUGAAGGGGACGAUCUUUGGCAGCAGACUCCGACUCCACCCCCUGUUAGACGCGUUUCCACAACCACCUUAGCGACAGAGCCCUGGCUCCGCCCCGGCACCACAGAGACUCUCAAGAGGUUGAUGGCGGGUCGCAGACCGUCCAGUCGCGGGCCACUUAAUCACGAAUGGGAGGGACCGUCCACCUACCACGGUUAAACUCAGGGUCAUCAUGGUAAAACUGGAGUGCACUUUCAUCCCUAAAACCCUUUCCCCGUCUAUGUAGAAGUCAUAGUUAAAGCCAAAGAGAUCUGUGUUUACUUAUUGGUUCAUGUUCUGCCCAUGAAUUAAUUCUUUGGUAGCAGCUGUUUCUAGCUUACCUGUACAGAAGGAGAAUAUGUGUUUACUGUUUUUAAAAUGUCACUAACCACAUAAUUGAGCCCCUCCAUACAUCAAUAUAACAACCAUAUAUUUACCAUUUCUCCUGUUUGUAAGAAAUCUGUCAUUUUUGGUUUGUAAAAGACUUAGAUUUAAGAACUUAAGAAGACAUUUAAAAUAACUUACAGUAGUAAAUGAAAUCAGAUUUCUCCCAACAUGCAUUGGAAGGAAUUAAAUAAAAUAAAAUAAAUUAAUUGACAAAUACAAAUGCUAGUUUCUCCUAAUCGUUUAUUAAUUUAUGUAUUUUUUUUUAACCUUCAAAUAAUGCUUGACAAACUCAGAAACAGCUGCUAUAAAACAGGGCAACAUGACUUGAAGGCCAGUUUAGUUUUGUUUAGCCCUUUUCCUGUUCUCUCAAUUCGUGAAAUCAGUGAAAAUAAAACGUGGUGCUUUUAUGUAGUCUGAAUUGUAAUGCGGUGAGACAGUUGCACAAUCUACAAAAGGUCAUUCGGGUUCUAGUUUAAAGCCAUAAAGCAGAUGCGUCUACAGAAGAGCAAAGCAGCACCGGUCAUCCCGCCUCUCGCCCUUCUGUCAACCAGCAGAGCCUGGGAGGAAUUACUACACACACAGGUCCCAUCUGCUGCACUCUGCUGAGUGCGUCCGCGUGCGUGCGUGCAUGGACUGGUACUCGUAGAUGGCUAUUUCUGCUAUUUCUAAUAUUACAUGCCUUUGUUUGGUCAGAAUGUGAAACAUGUGUGCAUAUUGGAUGUAUAACAAGAUUGUAAAAAGAAAAAGCUUAUUUAACUUGACAUUUCCAGAAAAAUUAAUAAAUUGUGUUUUAUUUUUCAUAACCCUCAGCCUUCCCUGGUGAGUGCAUUCGUCGUUUUCCGGUCAGAUUUUGCAUAAUUCAUUCAGAUUUUAUUCCACCAGUAAACCAAGUUCAAAAACUUUAUUGACCUAUGACCUGGUUAGGAUGUGUGGGAUGAUAACCAGUAUUGUACAGAGUUGUACAGAUCAUUUAUUCCACAUAGAAAACUUUACAGUGCUGUACCAUUAUACACUUCUUCGCCGUAACCAGGAAUGCUUCGGAUCCUCACACCAACGUUUUUUUUUGUUUGUUUUUUUU